UGCGCGCUGAUUGGCUGCAGCGCGGACACUCGGUGUGCUCUGAUUGGCUGAGCGCAGCAGCAAAAGUUGAGCUACGGAAGCGGAACACAUCCGCUGCUGGACUGAGUUACGAGCGCCGUUUAAAGCGCUCUUCCUCUGGGUUACAGCAUGCAUGACGCGUCUCUGCUCGGAUGCGUCGCGCUGUUCAUCGGCGCCGUCAACGCGUUCAGUCCCACCGACAGCGAGUUCACGUUUCUGCUGCCAGCUGCCAGCAAAGAGUGUUUCUACCAGAGCGCUGUUCGCAACGGCAGCAUCGAGAUCGAGUACCAGGUGAUCGCCGGAGCAGGCAUGGAUGUGGAUUUCUCCAUCGUCUCUCCUCAGGCAAUCCACCUGGUCUCCGAGUUUCGCCGUUCUGACGGCGUUCACAUGGUGGAGCCCACGGAGGCGGGAGACUAUCAGAUCUGCUUCGACAACAGCUUCAGCAGGUUCUCCGAGAAGAUGGUCUUCUUCGAGGUCAUCAUGGACAGCCCAGCCAAUGACGGCGGAGCAGACGACGAGUGGGCGGGGCUUGGAGAGCCAGAGAGCCUAUUAGAGUACAAGCUGGACGACAUAAAGGAGUCGAUGGAGACGGUCCACCGGCGGCUGGAGCGCAGUCGGCAGAUGCAGACGGUCCUGAGGGCCUUCGAGGCGCGCGACAGGAACCUGCUGGAGGACAACCUGUGGCGGGUCUCCUUCUGGUCCUGUGUGAACCUGCUGGUGCUGCUGAGCGUGGCGCUGACGCAGGUCUGCAGCCUCCGCUGGCUGUUCUCCGACAGGAGGAGGGUCUGCUCCUGACACGCUCCAGAGACCUGCACGUGAUGAUGAGAGACUGCAGGCGGAUCGUCUGCUGCGAGGAGGCAGGGCUUCGUGUCUUCCUGUCGCCUCAGUGUCGUAGCGCUGUCUUUUUUAGUCCCGUCAUUUCAUGGCGUGAGAUGAUGCCGUUUCGGGAAAAUGUGCCGUCAGUCAACAGGGAACCUUCUGUACAGCUCUGUGCUUUUUUAAAGAGUUUUACACAAUAAACCAAUCAAACGGGUCGUGUUAAAUCUACAGUUUGCU